AUGGCUGGGGCCGGUUGGUGGUUAUCUUCUCCUUUCCUUCUGGCAUCAGCGCCGCAGCGCCAAGGGAGGAUAUGGCUUCAGCACACAGUGGGGCUUCUGCCCGAGCGCGCCGAGCAGGCAAGGAUGCAGCCAAGGCUGCAGCGUCCUGGCCGAACAGCGGCAAGCGUGCUGGCGGAUCCUUGCCGUUCCCCCCACCUCGCGCGCAGGCGGCCCAUGGGCGCCAUGACCACGGCACUCUGCAAUGUGCUGGAGCGUCAGCCCAUCCUGAGCUGUGCGAGCCUGCUGGGCGAGCUCAGAGCGGAGCUCCGGCGGGGCCGCUUCGACCAGAUACCCAGUCUGACAUCGUCGCAG